AGACGUCAUUACGUCAAUAUAUGGCGUGUGUAAAGGGAGGCUAAACUAUUUUCAAUUUUCCGAAUUUUGCAAUAAAAUUCUUCGCACAUUCUUGAGACUUCGUAAAUAUUAAAGAGACACAAAAAAUAAAUAUUUUUCCCCCUCGGCUGCGUUCGAAAACAUCACCCGAUUACGUAAAUAGAACGCAGCAUGUUGUACAUGUGGUGGUUUUAGCAUGUGUCAGUAAAUGUGAGGUUACGUUUCACAGAGAUCAUCCGCUCUCGUUAUAGUCGUUACGGAUGUGUAGAUAAAUCGUUUUCUUCGUGAACACAAGAAAAAAAGAGAGCAGCGUUAAAAUGUCGUCGUGGAAGAAGGCCACGAAGGCGAACCAGAAGACCCAUCGGGAACGUCAUCAACCGGAGGUCCGCAAUCACUUGGGGCUACUGGAGAAGAAGAAGGACUACAUUGCCAGAGCCAGGGCCUUCCAGGAGAAGCGGGCGACGAUCAAACUUCUGAGGAAGCGCGCGCUGAAUAAGAAUCCUGAUGAGUUUCACUUUCAUAUGAUCAACUCCAAAAUGGUGAACGGCGUUCAUCGAGAGAGGGACAAGGAGGAUCAGCAUACGCCUGAGCAGAUCAAGCUGAUGGAGACGCAGGAUCUCAAAUAUGUAGCGUACAAGAGGAACAUUGAGGCGAAGAAGAUAAACAAGCUGCAGAGUCAGUUGCACAUGAUCGACGCAGCCAACAAGACGCCGAAUCAGCACACCUUCUUCGUGUACGAUGAUGCCAAGGUGAAGAAUUUCGACCUCGCCGAGAAACUGGACACACAUCCGGCGCUUCUGUCCAGGCGCACGAAUCGGCCUAUGCUGAGUGCGAUCAAGAACAUGAAGCUGCCGGAUUUGGAUGACAAGACUAUCACCAAGCUCGAGCAAAAGAAACACAUGGCUUACAAGGAGCUCGAGAAGCGAAUCGACAGGGAACGCGAAUUGACGGUCGUGCAACAGAAGCUGGAGGUGCGCAGGACGCUGAAAGACAAGAAGGUCAGGAAACCAAAACUAGUAAAACCUGGCUCCAAGACUGCCGCUCCUAUUUAUAAGUGGAAGUUUGAGAGAAAACGAUAACUUAUGUGUAUUAUAGAAUUUAAUUGGCGUAAUAUUAUUAAUUAUAAUUGAAUAUCGAAUAAAAGUUCAUACAAUUUUAAUGUG